ACUGACUGUUUGGAAAUGGGCGUUCCCAGUGGGCGGGGUUAUCUUCAGCUCUUUGGCUCUGUGCGUCUUUUCUCCGUCUGCAAGUCCAACAUCAGCGCUGCGACGCUACGGACGCGCUCGUGCCCCCGGUUCUCUGUUCCAGUCACGAUGCUGUGGGUGUUCAUUCUCCCGGCGCUGACCGCCGCCGCAGUCUCGCGCGUCCCGCGCUCCUGCGGCACCUGCGACCCGAGCUCGUGCGCCGCGCUGCCGGCCACGGGCUGCGCGUUCCGCGUGAUGGACGCGUGCGGAUGCUGCGAGCUGUGCGUCGCCGGCGCGGGAGAGCCGUGCGGAGCGCGCGGUUCCUCGGUGACGCGGUGCGCGCCCGGUUACGAGUGCGUGAAACCCCAGCAGGACAAAAAAACUUCGAAGAGGAAGUCCGAGCCGGGUGUGUGCAUGUGCAAAAACGGCGACUACCAGGUGUGCGGCUCGGACGAUGUGGAGUACCGGAGCGUGUGCGAGCUGAGAGCGGCCAGUGCGUCCGCGGAGCGUCAAAAAAAACAGGCCAUUAAAGUACAAAACAAGGGCAAGUGCGCUAAAGCUCCUGAGAUCGUUACGGCUCCAGGUGAGGUCUGGAAUGUGACCGGUACUCAGGUCUUCCUCAGCUGUGAGGCCAUUGGCGUCCCCACCCCGGUGCUCAGCUGGAGGAAGAUCACAGAUGAUAAUCAGAAGUCACAGCUGCUCCCCGGAGACCAGCAGAACCUCGCCAUCCAGGUGAGAGGAGGCCCCGAGAAGCACGAGGUCACCGGAUGGGUGCUGAUCUUCCCCCUGACCAUGGAUGUAGCGGGGAGGUACGAGUGUCAUGCCAGCAACGCCAAGGGUGAAGCCUCGGCCAUGGGCACCAUCCACGUGGUGGACUCCAUCGCCGACAUUCCCACUAGAAAGGAGAACCUCAACAUCUUCAGCUCUGCUACCUCCAGCUCCGACUCCUGUCUCUUCCUCAGUGACACUGCCUCUAAACCAUACAGCAUGGCCGGUCUCACCACUGCCUUGUACACCUUCAAUUUUUAGAUUAAAUCUAAUUUGCCAACACCCAGCUCGAUACGUAGCAUUUAAAUCCAAAGCCGUGUCUCCUGAUUGGUCAGGUCGUUUGUGCUAUGUGCACUCUGAUUGGUCAGAGCAUGUUAAUAAGGAUUGUUCAGUAUGUAGAAGCAGAGAAAGAAAGAAAGAAAGAAAGAAAGAAAGAAAGUAAGAAAGAAAGAAAGAGAGGGAACAAACACUUAUAGCUGUAAAUGAAUUAAAAAUGCAUCUUCUUUGGAAAAAAAAACUCCAGCAACUGAGAAAUGCUCAACAAUCAGUCUGAGGCUGCUGUUCCCUUUCUCAUAUAUAUAUAUAUACAUAUAUGUGUGUAUGUGUGUGUGUGUGUGUGUGUCUGUAGCAGGGAAGGAUGAUGAGCUGUAAGAAGGGUGUGUGUGUGUUCACCCCCUGACGCCACCUCCUGCAAGAUAA